AUGGCCCCGACGUCUUUUGAGACGCAUGAAUCUGAUGGCUUUAUCCUCUCUGAAAUAUUCUACGCCGCGUGCCUAGAAACUCUCUUCUCCGCGUACAUUGUGCCACUCAGCAAUACUGUGCGCCUGCCGUACUCUUCAACUGGUCCGUCCCCGUCGACGUGCACAGAUUACACUGCCCUCCUGCGCACAUUUGGGGGCGAUGUGCUGGACGUUUUGGCCUGCCACCGGGCCCUUAUCAACAGUCUGCAGGCGCUCAAGGAAAGUGGCGAAGAUGGUGCAUCCACCAACGCGCCUUCGGGUGACGAGGGCGAAAGCCAGACGAAUAAUGUCCUAACUGUACUGCACCAGGUGCUACCCGCGAUGCGAGCGUCCUACCAAAGGUACGUAACAAACUUUCAUAUUAACGUCCAACAAGCCGAAUUAGCAAAGACCUCCGUGUCUGCCAAUGUUUGGAGCAUCAGCUACAUAACCUUGGCCCGUGGCACGCUUGCGAAGUGCUUGUUUGAUCUUGGUGUGGAGGUAGAAGGCGUGACCUUAUUGGCAGAUUCCGGAAACGUUUCCUUUGAGGCCCUUGUUGCCCUCCCAGUGCGGCACAUCGCCCGUUACCCACUGUACAUUGAAGAUUGGAUUGGGGCUCGACGAGGGACUGCAGCUGACGGGACGACAAUCAUUCAAUAUGCACAAGAGACCCUGAAGGCAUUUCGCGGUAUCUGCAGCGCGGCCAAUGCGGUGCGCAGUGAACUGCUUCAGGUCCAGAAGGCAGCCGAGCUUAAAAGGAUGCUCGGAGUGACAAAGCUCACUUCACGGUUCAUAAGUGAGGGUGAUGUUGCUGUGAUGUUCACCCGGGAGACCACGAUUGAAACCCUUGAAGGACGGUAUUGCCGUGGAAGACUUUUCCUCCUCGACGACUGUUUGAUAUUUGCACUUCGCAGUGACAGCAGCAAGGAGGGGGCGAUGCAAAUGAAGAGGAUCCCACUCGCAAAUAUUCUGUCAGUGCGCAGUUUACUCUGUGGGGUCAGGUGUGGCGUUCAGAUCAGCUACGCAAUCCUUGAGAGGUGGCGAAAAUGGGUGUGCAACGAGCGAGUGCAGUGUGCUGUAGUCUUUGUGUCGAAUGAAACAGAAGUGAUUCUCUGGGUGCACGACAUCAGCCAGGCGGUGUCGGAUUUGGUAGCCAAAACAUGA